AUGGCUGCGAGCCUAGGGACGUCCACGUCAAAAGGAAACGGACAUUGCGGGGCUCAGAGUCACGUAAUAUACUAUCCCGCCAAGACGAGAUAUCCUACUAAGCUUAGGAUAGUAAUAGGCCUUAGGAUAGUAGUCUAUUCUAGAUAUCCUACUAAGAGAGGAAAAGAUAGAAUAGAUAAGAUAGCAGGAUUAAAAGUAAUAAAGAUAUAA